GGGUAGCGGAAGAGGGUGUCUGGAAAUCACAAACAUGAACAAGUUGAAGUCCUCACAGAAGGAUAAAGUUCGCCAGUUCAUGAUCUUCACACAGUCCAAUGAGAAAACUGCACUGAAUUGUUUGUCUCAGAAUGACUGGAAACUAGAUGUUGCUACAGAUAACUUUUUCCAGAAUCCUGAACUUUAUGUGCAAAAUCUUAAGGGGACAUUUGACAGGAAAAAAUUAGAACAGCUCUACAACAGGUACAGAGACCCUCAAGAUGAGAACAAGAUUGGAAUUGAUGGCAUCCAACAGUUCUGUGAUGACUUGGCACUUGAUCCUGCCAGUAUAAGUGUACUGCUUAUCGCCUGGAAGUUCCGUGCUGCUACACAGUGCGAAUUUACGAAACAAGAAUUCAUGGAAGGAAUGGCAGAACAAGGGUGUGACAGCAUAGAGAAAUUAAAAGCUCAGCUACCCAAAAUGGAGCAAGAACUAAAGGACCAAGGGAAGUUUAAAGACUUCUACCAGUUUACAUUCAACUUUGCAAAGAAUCCUGGACAGAAGGGCUUGGACUUAGAAAUGGCAAUUGCAUACUGGAAUUUAGUGCUGGCUGGACGAUUCAAAUUUCUAGAUCUGUGGAACAAAUUUUUAGUGGAGCACCAUAAAAGAUCAAUCCCCAAAGACACCUGGAACCUCUUAUUAGACUUCAGCACAAUGAUAACUGAUGACAUGUCCAACUAUGAUGAGGAAGGAGCCUGGCCAGUUCUCAUUGAUGACUUUGUGGAGUUUGCACGGCCACACAUUGGAACCAAAAGCACAGCAGUGUAGGGCUAUCUGCAGUCAUUUCCUCCAGGCGUCUGCACGUCGCACAAACACAUCUACAAUGGCUCACAGAGCACAGAAGACUGAACUGAGAUCUGCAUUGCCUUUUCCAACCCUCAGGAAUGAGACGUUUGUACACAACAAAGACAUUUUAAAGACACGUCUACUCCUCAGUCAUCUUGCGGUGGUUUGGGUUUUUUGUUUUGUUUUUUUUUAUCCUAAAUUCAGUAUGGGUCACUUCUGUGUUGACUUAAGCCAGCCGGACCUUAUUUACCAUCUGGGACCUCAUCUCUCUCUCCCAUCAGUACUCAGUGGAAUCAUUCUGGUUGGAGCCAGGAGCAGCUGACACUCCAACAUAUAUGUACAAUUUUACAAUUUAAUCCAGACCCAGGCUUCAGUUGGGGAAUGUCAAAUUUGUUAAUAUUAAAUAUAAUUUUAAUACUCUGUGCAUUCCUGAUUUGAAUGUUUUUCAUUCUUUCCUUCAGUUUUUAUGAAAUAUUUUGACUCACAAAGCAGUACAGAUUGUAAUAUUUUUAGGGGGA